CAGCAGGACACAGUUUCCAGUUUGAAGGUUCUCCAGUCAGUUAAACUCUACAGAUCAACUCUGAAGAAGCAGAAAAGCAGACCAAAGGAGAGAAAGUGAAAGUGUCAUGUCUUCCUCCAGCAGUCUCCUGUCUGAAGAUCAGCUCCGGUGCUCUAUCUGUCUGGAUGUGUUCACUGAUCCAGUCACCACUUCAUGUGGACACAACUUCUGCAUGGUCUGUCUCAAAGAGUGCUGGGACAGCAGUUCACGCUGCCAGUGUCCAGUUUGUAACAUCGAAUUCCCUACAAGACCUGAACUGUCUGUGAACACCUUCAUCUCUGGACUGGCUGCUCAAAUUAAGAAGUCAGUUCAGGUCAAAUCCAGCAGAGCUCCAGAGAAACAACCCCUCAAACGUAAAAGGGUGAUGUGUGACUCCUGCAGUGAUGAAAAGCUGGAGGCUCUGAAAUCCUGUCUGGACUGUGGAGUAUCUUACUGCAAGACUCAUCUAGCACUUCAUAAAACCACACCUAAACUCAAGAAGCACAAACUGAUGGAGGCUGUGGAGAACCUGGAGGACUACAUCUGCCAGAAACAUGAGAGACCCCUGGAGCUGUUCUGUAGAGAUGACCAGACGAGUGUGUGUCAGUUCUGCACUGAGACAGACCACAAGACUCACAGCACUGUUCCUGUAGAGGAGGAGAGUGGAGAGAGGAAGACUCGGCUGGUGAAGAUACAGAGAGAAGUUCAGCAGAAGAUCCAGAACCGACUGAAGAAGGUUGAGGAAAUCACACACUCUGUAGAGCUCAGUAGAAAAAGCACAGAGAAGGAGAAAGCAGACAGUGUGGAGGUCUUCAGAGCUCUGGUGCACUGCAUUGAGAGAAGCCAGGCGGAGCUGCUUGAGGUGAUGGAGGAGAAGCAGAAAGCAGCAGAGAGGCAGGCUGAAGAGUUCAUUAAAGAGCUGGAGCAGGAAAUCACUGAGCUAAAGAGGAGAGACACUGAGCUGGAGCAGCUCUCCCACACUGAGGACCACCUCCACCUCCUACAGGUUUACCCGUCCCUCUGCAGCCCUCCACACACCAAGAACUGGACUGACGUCAGGAUUAACACUCAUCUGAGGGUGGAGACUCUGAGGAGAGCUCUGUUUCAGCUUCAGGAAGAGCUCAGUAAGGAGAUGGAGAAGAUGAAACUGAGUAGAAUUCAGCACUAUGCAGUGGAUGUGACUCUGAAUCCUGAUUCAGCUCAUUGCCUCCUCAUUCUGUCUGAUGAUGGAAAACAAGUUACAUUUGGAGACAAACGACAGAAUCUCCCUGAAAACCCAGAGAGGUUUGAUUAUUGUCCCUGUGUUCUGGGAAAGGAGGGGUUCUCCUCAGGGAGAAUUUACUAUGAGGUUCAGGUCAGAGGGAAGACUGACUGGGAUUUAGGAGUGACCACAGAGUCCAGUAACAGGAAGGGAAAGAUUACAGCCAGUCCUGAGAAUGGAUACUGGAUUGUGGUUCUGAGAAAUGAGACUAAAUAUAGAGCUGCAGAAAAUCCUCGUGUUCCCCUCUCCCUGAAACAGGCUCCCCAGAAGGUGGGGGUGUUUGUGGAUUAUGAGGAGGGUCUGGUCUCCUUCUAUGAUGUUGAGGCCAGUUCUCAUAUCUACUCCUUCACUGGUCAGUCUUUCACUGAGAAACUCUAUCCGUUAUUCAGCCCUCACCUUAAUAAUGGAGGUAAAAACUUAGCACCACUGAUCAUCACACCUGGGGCCAUCUUGCUUACCGCCACUCCUUCCAGACUCUUCUGCUGUGUAACACUUCAAAACCCAGUCAUUGAGGAUGAGCUCUGCUGUUUCAGCUUCCGCAUCAUGUCUUCCUCCAGCAGUCUCCUGUCUGAAGAUCAGCUCCGGUGCUCUAUCUGUCUGGAUGUGUUCACUGAUCCAGUCACCACUUCAUGUGGACACAACUUCUGCAUGGUCUGUCUCAAAGAGUGCUGGGACAGCAGUUCACGCUGCCAGUGUCCAGUUUGUAACAUCGAAUUCCCUACAAGACCUGAACUGUCUGUGAACACCUUCAUCUCUGGACUGGCUGCUCAAAUUAAGAAGUCAGUUCAGGUCAAAUCCAGCAGAGCUCCAGAGAAACAACCCCUCAAACGUAAAAGGGUGAUGUGUGACUCCUGCAGUGAUGAAAAGCUGGAGGCUCUGAAAUCCUGUCUGGACUGUGGAGUAUCUUACUGCAAGACUCAUCUAGCACUUCAUAAAACCACACCUAAACUCAAGAAGCACAAACUGAUGGACGCUGUGGAGAACCUGGAGGACUACAUCUGCCAGAAACAUGAGAGACCCCUGGAGCUGUUCUGUAGAGAUGACCAGACGAGUGUGUGUCAGUUCUGCACUGAGACAGACCACAAGACUCACAGCACUGUUCCUGUAGAGGAGGAGAGUGGAGAGAGGAAGACUCGGCUGGUGAAGAUACAGAGAGAAGUUCAGCAGAAGAUCCAGAACCGACUGAAGAAGGUUGAGGAAAUCACACACUCUGUAGAGCUCAGUAGAAAAAGCACAGAGAAGGAGAAAGCAGACAGUGUGGAGGUCUUCAGAGCUCUGCUGCGCUGCAUUGAGAGAAGCCAGGCGGAGCUGCUUGAGGUGAUGGAGGAGAAGCAGAAAGCAGCAGAGAGGCAGGCUGAAGAGUUCAUUAAAGAGCUGGAGCAGGAAAUCACUGAGCUAAAGAGGAGAGACACUGAGCUGCAGCAGCUCUCCCACACUGAGGACCACCUCCACCUCCUACAGGUUUACCCGUCCCUCUGCAGCCCUCCACACACCAAGAACUGGACUGACGUCAGGAUUAACACUCAUCUGAGGGUGGAGACUCUGAGGAGAGCUCUGUUUCAGCUUCAGGAAGAGCUCAGUAAGGAGAUGGAGAAGAUGAAACUGAGUAGAAUUCAGCACUAUGCAGUGGAUGUGACUCUGAAUCCUGAUUCAGCUCAUUGCCUCCUCAUUCUGUCUGAUGAUGGAAAACAAGUUACAUUUGGAGACAAACGACAGAAUCUCCCUGAAAACCCAGAGAGGUUUGAUUAUUGUCCCUGUGUUCUGGGAAAGGAGGGGUUCUCCUCAGGGAGAAUUUACUAUGAGGUUCAGGUCAGAGGGAAGACUGACUGGGAUUUAGGAGUGACCACAGAGUCCAGUAACAGGAAGGGAAAGAUUACAGCCAGUCCUGAGAAUGGAUACUGGAUUGUGGUUCUGAGAAAUGAGACUAAAUAUAGAGCUGCAGAAAAUCCUCGUGUUCCCCUCUCCCUGAAACAGGCUCCCCAGAAGGUGGGGGUGUUUGUGGAUUAUGAGGAGGGUCUGGUCUCCUUCUAUGAUGUUGAGGCCAGUUCUCAUAUCUACUCCUUCACUGGUCAGUCUUUCACUGAGAAACUCUAUCCGUUAUUCAGCCCUCACCUUAAUAAUGGAGGUAAAAACUUAGCACCACUGAUCAUCACACCUGUUAAACAUUAGAAAUAAAGACCAUAAACCCAUUUUAUUAUGUCAGAAAAACUUACUGUAGUGUUCUGGCAUUGCCGAGCAAUGAAACAAUCCCACAAUGCACUACUGCUUAAUUAAUGAAUGGAUAAAUGAAAAAGUGCCUAAUUAAUUGAUAAAUAAGCAGAUCAGUAGACUUGGACGUGUCCACUGUAAGUCAUUUGUACAGUGUUCUAAUACUGUUGAUCACAGGUCUCCUUUUAAUGACCUGAAACAAUAAUGAAUUUGUCAGUAUCAGUUUGAUUGGUGAAUCAUAGGAACCACAGCCUUUUUUAUAUACCAGUAAAACUCACACGACACUUUGGCCGCUGUUUCAUGAAGCUCUUUUUUGCCUGCAUUGGAUGUUUAUAUUUAUGAGGUUAUCAGUUUGUUUUUGGGACACUUAUGAAAAAUACUGCAAAUGUGAAUAAUAUUCAAAUUAUUUAAAUGUUAUUAUUUUGUAAAACUGAUCAAAUUAAUUUCAUCUAAGUAAAAUUACACUGAUUUUCAUCCUUAAUGAAAGACAAUAAACAAAACAGCAACAUUG